GUUGGCGCGCGGUUUGAAGAUGGCGAUGGCGGCCGAGGGUGCGCCGGGACCGGCGGCCGGCGGCGGCAGCAGCUCUGUCAGUCCGGCCCUACCUGCGGCCGUGGAGGCCGUGGCCGCGGAGUGGAUGCUGGAGUUCGCCUGCUCCUGCCUGUGCCGGCACUUCGCGGAGCAGAGCGGGGCGGAGUUCUGGCGGUGGAGGGACGUUGCGCAGGCUCUUAUUAAUGGCCUCCCCCAAAUACCUCCGCAUCAGAAAAAAACAGUAUACCUCUGCCAGCUUUUGAUAAGAAUUGCACAAGGAAAAAGCCUUGGAUUACAUUUUGAAAAUGAUCAAAGAAUUUCACCUUUGGAAUCUGCUCUGUCUUUCUGGACUUUACUUGAAAGGGAAGAAAUGAAACUGGAAAAGCUUCAUGAAGAUAUUCGUCGUUUGAUUCAAAUUCAGAUUGUAGCAGUCCAUAUGGAAAACAGAUACUUCAAGGAAGCUGCUGAAGUUCUUGAAAGGCUGUUCACAGACUCUGAAUCAGAUAAGCCUUUAAGGGUGAAGCUGGCAACUGUAAUUAAAACCAAGGAUCCAUAUGUUCCUCUUCUCCAAAGCUUCAGUUACAGUCUUUUGAUAAGUAAAAUCAAGUCUUACAUUGAACUUUUCAUGAAAGAAAAUGAAACUAACUUCUUAAUACAGGAAGCCACAAAACACGUAGCAUCUAAAGGGUUGGGAGCAAUAGCAUUGCAAAAGAGACCUGUGGAAGUUAAUGAAAAUGACAAAAGUGAUUUGGAAACAAAACGAAGAUCGAUGAAAGAGGAGCGGUAUAUCAGAAAUCAGUCAUCUGGAAACAUAAGAAAACCCACAGUAAGGAGAAGUUCAGGACAGAAACCCAAAGAGACCAGAGCUCUUCAGAGUCUUAACAACAUGCAAAAUGUGGGAAAAAAUGGAGUUUCUUUUGUAGCUGAAUGUAGCCGAAGAAGACAGCGAUGGACUCACAAAGAAGACUUGGAGCUGAAAUUGGGAGUAAGGGAGUUUGGAGUGGGUAACUGGGCUAAAAUUUUAGUCCAUGGUAACUUCAACAACCGAACAAGUGUCAUGUUGAAAGACCGGUGGAGAACAUUGAACAAGAUGAAGCAAAACUGAUUUGGACUACAGGAAACAACUCUUCUUGACCUUUCCCUACAUGAGGACGUUCUCUGUUACUAUUCUGAAAAUGUUAUUUUCAGAAUAACAUCUUAUUUUAGUCUCACUGUCCAGCAGUGCUGCUGUCAUAAAACAUGAAACAGAAUACUAAUUGGUAUAGAACACUCAAGUAAGCACAUUUGCUCUGGUAUUGAUGACUUAAAUGUAAAGUCUGGCCUUUUUUGCUACAUGCAAUAGUAGAUGGCCUAGAUUCUGAAGUGUGAAAAUGUUUGCAGUGAUUUAGGAAAUGUCUGUUAUGUAAAUGGGUGUAUUAGAUCUGAAUGGUGACAUCUUUAGUUUGAUGGAGGCUAUAAAAGGUCAAAUGUUCUGUAUUUUAAAGGGCUGUAUCUCUUUUUAGAUUGAUCUUUGCAUAAUUUUACUUCCUGCCAUAUAAUCCAUUCUAAUCUGUUUUGCUUGACUUUGAAAAUUUGGUCAGACUUGUCAUCUCUGUAAAAAAGUAUGUAUGUAUUAGUAUUGCUGAUUUUAUGAGCUGAUGGUUUGUUGUUUUUUUCUGCAGCUAAAAAUGUGUAAAUUCAUAUACUGUUGUAAGUAACAAAGGGAUUAGUUUAUUUUUUACAUGGACAGGAGCAGUAUUAUACUAGCACUUAGCAUCUCUUGGUUAGCUUGUGCCACCUACCUUGUCAUGACAAGUGACUUCUUCCAGACCAGCAGGAAAGGGAAAGUUCAAUACCACAUGGCCAAAGUGAGGAUCAGUAACGAGUCUACACUCUCAGUGACAGCAAAGAUACACUUUGGGGGUCACUAUCAAGGUCUCUGCUGGCCACUGCAACCUCCUGCUCAUGGGAGAUUGGAACAGAUGGAUGAUGGCACUAGCCCGUCUCUCUGGAUUCAGAUCAUUUGGAAGAGACUUCCACAAUCUCAGGAAACUCACUCUUUCCAUACUGGUGUGAAUCUAGUGCCUUGAACUAACAUAAUACAGCAUUCUUUUAAAAGUGAAAUCCCCUAAAUUCAGAUUUUUUGGUGCCUUUUUUUCUUGGCUAAGGUUUUUAUUUUCCAAUAACCUUACAAGCAAAAGCAGCUGUCUGAAUUGGUCAUAAUAAAACAAAGCUCUCUGAGACAAUUUUCCCCAUUAAAAAGGAAAACAUAUAUUCUUGAAGUCUGCAAUGUUCAGAAAGCAUUAAAAUAAUCUCUUUUCUGUUUUGGACGCCUGCUUUCAUUACGAUAAAAUGGUAAAAUACAGUUCAAAGGCUUGUGCCACAACACAUUCUUGACAGAACCUCAAGAAGAUCACCUUCCUCAUUCUUGCCAAGAAACCACUAUGAUUUCUUCUAGGAAGUCUUUAUGUUGCAUGGAGAUACUGUCUGUCUUAACAGGAAAUUUUCUCAACCUGCAUAGUAGUCUUGUCAGAGCUCAGAUGUUGCAGGUUCUAUGUUCAUCAUUGUAGCUGAGCAUUUUUAACUAGUAAUAAGUAAUUUUUUUACCUUACUCACAAAGCCUUGCCUAGGUUCACCUGCAAGGAAAGUUACUUUAAUACUUUGUAUUAUUGACAUGAAGUUCUGAGGAGACCAAUUCCUUAACAGCACUAAGUAUGUCUUCAUGAAGGUGGCUGAACGUGAAAACUGCAGUGUAGAGGAAGAAUACUUAUGGAGAUGUAGUGUAAAAAGUUGUCUAGAUGAUACUGGAGAGGAAAAAAGGACCUAAACUGAAAUUGGUUUUAGCUCUCAAAUCUUAAUUUUUAUUCACCCUUGCUCUUAAAUGCUGACAGUCACUAUUCUCAGACUUGAAAAUACUUGGCUGUCUCACUACUUAGGAGCAGUGCCUAUAGUCUGGGCUGUGGCCAGUAAAGAUGGAAAACUUCAGGAAAAGUAACAACUAUGGUUAGAAACAUUAGCUCUUUAAUUACAAAAGACAAACAUGGAAACAUGCUUCUAGUGUUCUGAUAGAGAUCAGUCUUUGCAUUUUGUAUUAAGGCAGAGAGCAUUUCCUGAAAUGCUUCUGCCAAAGGUCUGACUCGUGUAAAAUUUAAGGCUCCAGAAAAUGCAGCAGAAAUAUGUUGGUUUCUUGGCAUUGUUGUUAGUGUUCUUAUUCUUUUUGUUGCCAUUUUAAAGGUCUUUUAAACUUUUAUGUAAAAAUAAAACUAUGCACCAGGGGACAGGAACAGUGUUCCAGUUGCCGGAUCUUCUUCCAGGUUCCUUGGCACUGAGAGUUGCCAAUUGCUUCCCAGUGUAAGAUUUUAUCUCUGCAAUGAGACAAUAAAUGAGAAAUUAGACAAGUAAAAGCUGUGAAUUUAGUAUUAUCAAAUGGUGUUGUAUAAAAUGUCAGAAGAUUGGAUUUGUUUAAUCAUGUAAGAUCUUAUUAAACUCAUCUAGCUCUUAAAAUUCUUUCUGGAGCAGACAUAUUCCUGUGUGGAGUAUCCAGGAUGGUGGGUUGUGUAGCUGGUUGUACAGGUAUUUAGUAUGCAUAUUAAUAAAUGUAUGAAUCAAAUAAAAAUCACUUCUGAAUACUAAAUAUUUACUUUCACAAUUACUUUUCUAAAAAAACAGGUAUACAGACUUGAGGGAAGUACCAAUCCACCACUGUUAAAUCUGCAAUCAGAUUUGGACUAUGGCAGGAAAUAUCAUUUUUAGGUAAAAGUGCCAUAGCUGUUAGAAGUCCUCUUCCACUACACAAAUUCCAUCACUUCACAAUUGUGAAUAAAGCAUGCAAAGCACUGAA